CCAUAUGCGCUGGACUAGGCGUGUGGGACCGAGGUGAGCACACAGCAUACCGCCAUUCCCUUGCGAGGCAUGCAAUGGGGGUGCACGGCCCCCCGGUCCGAAAAGCUAUAAAUGCAGGGGCAUCAUUCUCCAUCCAUCGAGUGCCUCUCCCUUCCUCCUUCACACCUCAGCCCUCACCACACAUCGCUCUCGAAGCUGCUCAUCGAUUUCCUUUAUCAUCAACAACUCGCUACGCACCCACACUAUACAUCCCACAAUGGCUUGCCCCUGCGCCGAACCAGACAACACCGCUGCUGCUUGCACCUGCGCAAAGGGAGACUGCAAGUGCAGCGCCAACGAGUGCAAGUGCCCUUCUUGGUGAGUGGGUGGGAUCGAAUCGACGCGGGCAUGAGCUGCGAGUCUGUCUGUCUGCCAUGCAUGCAUGCAUGCAUGCACUUGGCUAUUCGCUUUGCUCACAUCCCCCCAUUCCCAACCGAACCCCCUUCUUGACGCUCCGUCACACGACAGCCCCAAGAAGGAUCACGCCUGAAUGGAUCGCCUGCCUGCACUCGAACGCAACGGUUGCUUCAUCAAGCCGUACACACUCGCUCUCGUGCUGACAGUGCGAAUCUCUCGAUCGUGCCCACCCCAGAGGAAAUGUGGACAGUCUAAUUCAGAAAUCGCGAAAUGCACGGAGGAGCAUUCGCGA